AUGUUAUCAACAACAAUAAAUAACAAUAAAAGAAAAAAUAAAAAUAAAAAUAAAUAUAAUCUAAAUAAAAUAAAUAGAGAAGAUGAAUUUAAUAUAAAUAAAAAAAUUAAAAUUAGUGCAGAUGAAGAAAAAUCUACACCACAAACCAAAACUAUAUCUCCAUUACCACCUAUACUCUUAGAUUCUGCAAUCAACAAUAAUAAUAAUAAUAAUAAUAAUAAUAUUGAUUCUAAAAUUCAAUCACUAACAUUUAAAGUAGAUAAAGAUGUUGAGGUAUACCAAGUUGAUUCGACAUUUAAAUUUAAUCAUAUUAAAAUGGUAAAGUCCAAUACAACAUCACAGUUUUUACGAAUAGAUAAAGCCAAGGAAAAAGAUAGUUUUAUAACUAAAACGAAUAUUAAAAAUUCUUCAAAAUCUAUUGGAAAUAACAAUUCAUUUGUUUGGAGUGCAAUUCAUGCAUUUUCAUUUCAUCAUAAACUGAUUAUUAGACCAGAUGAUAUCUGGAUGGCUAUAUUAAAUGUAUUUUCAAUAUUUUUUAAUAACAAUUUGGGAAAAUUAAGAAAUAAGUUUGUUAGCUUUAGUGGCAAAAAAGAAUUAACCGUAGCUACAAACUACCCAAUUUUCGAUGCACCAAUGGAUGAAUUGAUUAAAUUAAUGACAGUAGAAAUUAAAAGCAACAUUAAAGACCCUUCGAUAUCAGAUUGGUUAAUACCAUCGUUUACAACUACAACCAAAGUCGAUAAAGUGGUUUACGCUGCAUCAUUAAUGUCAACUCUAAAAGGUUUUUUUGAUUAUAAAUUUUCAUCAAGAUGUGGAUUGCCAGAGGUUACAUUGUUGGGCAGUGUAGAUGAUUGGGUCGAUAUUAAAAAUAGAUUCUGCAGAUUCAAAGACUAUGAUUGUAAAACAAAUCAAAUGAACCAAUGGUCUGAAUUAUUAAACCCAGUUUUAGAUAAAUUUAUUGAAACUGCUCAAGGAAAUCCAGAUAUUAAAUGGUGGAAUUCUAUAUCAAGAUAUAAUGGUGUUUCUGGAGGACCUUAUAUUACAGGGUGGAUAACAUGUUUUUGCAUUUAUGAUAUUACAGGGAAAUAUGUAGGUGAUAGAAAAGAUGAAAGCAUGGUUCCACCUAGAGGAGAAGAAAAAGAACUUUCUGGCAAAUGGUUAACUUUAAAGGCUAACCAAUUGAUUAAAGGUUAUGUCUCAACACCUGUUGUACUCAAAGAUAUUAAUGGUAUUUGUUAUAACUCUGAAUUAUAUUGUGGCCAUAUUACUGUUGAUAUUUUAGAUAAAAAUACAUUAAAACCAAAUUUGGAUUGGUGUUUAGUCAUAAAUAAAACAGAAAUACCAUCUCCCACUAAUAAUAAUAGAAAUAAUAAUACUAAUAAUAAAAACAUUUAA